AUGCGCGGCGCGGGGCCGAGCGGGGCAGCGCAGCGCGGCGCGGGGCAGCGAUGGCGGGCGGGGAGCAGCGCGGGGAGCGACCCGGCGGCCCGGCGCGGGUGGCGCUGCAGAAGGAGAUCGGGCUGGGCAGCGCCUGUGCCAUCAUCAUCGGUAACAUCAUUGGUUCUGGGAUCUUUAUUUCGCCCAAAGGGGUUUUGGAGCACACCGGCUCAGUGGGACUCGCUCUCAUUAUUUGGGUGCUCGGCGGUGGGGUCGCUGCCCUUGGAUCACUGUGUUAUGCUGAGCUAGGAGUUACAAUCCCCAAGUCAGGAGGGGACUAUUCCUACGUCACAGAGAUCUUUGGUGGGUUAGCUGGGUUUCUGCUGCUCUGGAGCGCUGUGCUUAUCAUGUACCCUACCAGUCUGGCUGUCAUUGCGCUGACGUUCUCAAACUAUGUCCUGCAGCCUGUGUUCCCUAACUGUAUUCCCCCCUAUAAUGCCUCCAGGAUCCUCUCCAUGGUGUGUUUACUACUCCUGACCUGGGUGAACAGCUCCAGCGUUCGAUGGGCAACACGCAUUCAGGAUAUAUUUACAGCAGGAAAACUCUUAGCCUUGGCCCUUAUCAUUACUGUGGGCUUCAUACAGAUCUUUAAAGGAAACUAUGAAGAGCUGACACCCAGCAAAGCAUUCAAUUUUUGGAUGACUCCAUCCGUGGGGCAUUUAGCGUUAGCUUUCCUUCAAGGGUCAUUUGCAUUCAGUGGCUGGAACUUCUUGAACUAUGUAACAGAGGAGUUGGUUGAUCCCCGCAGGAACCUACCUCGUGCCAUAUUCAUAUCCAUCCCAUUGGUGACAUUUGUGUACACGUUCACCAACAUUGCAUAUUUCACUGCCAUGUCACCCCAAGAGCUCUUGUCCUCCAACGCUGUGGCGGUAACAUUUGGUGAAAAGUUACUGGGCUAUUUUUCCUGGGUUAUGCCAGUCUCAGUGGCCCUAUCUACAUUUGGAGGAAUAAAUGGAUACCUAUUUACCUCAUCAAGGUUAUGUUUCUCUGGUGCCCGAGAAGGACAUUUACCAAGUUUGCUUGCCAUGAUCCAUGUGAAGCACUGCACGCCCAUCCCCGCCCUGCUUGUCUGUUGCUUGGCCACUCUUAUCAUCAUGCUUGUUGGAGACACAUACACGCUAAUCAACUAUGUGUCAUUUAUUAACUACCUCUGCUAUGGAGUGACAAUUAUAGGCCUGAUUGUGUUACGCUGGAAGAAACCCAAAAUCUUCAGACCUAUCAAGGUGAACCUCCUCAUCCCUGUCACUUACCUGGCAUUCUGGGCAUUUCUGCUGAUCUUCAGCAUAUACUCUGAGCCAGUUGUCUGUGGUGUCGGACUUAUUAUCAUUUUAACUGGAGUGCCAGUGUUUUUUCUUGGAGUCUACUGGAGAAACAAACCAAAGUGUGUAAAUAGGUUAACAGAGUCGGUGACAUGCUGGGGACAGAAGCUGUGUUUCGUGGUCUACCCCCAGGAUGGGGUGGCCGAAGAGGACGAGGCGCCUGCUGCCCGCUCCCACCUGCCAGCCAGUGAGACCUCCCUGAGGAAAUAACAGAGCAGCCUCUGGGGCUGAAGGGGCUUCUUGUUUACAUGCCGAUUUUUGCAAAAAAGUUUUUCUGGAAUUAAAAGUUUUUAGAGAUCCAAUAGUAAGCUACACCCUUUAUGGCAUCUGUAGCUUUUAGUUUUUCCCUGAGGAAAAAAAAAUGAAAAAAGAAAAAAAAAUAAAAUAUAAAA